GCGGCCAACGGCUUGCCCACGGUGGUGCUGGGCUUCGGAGACCAUGCCUGGUGGCCCGAAGGCCUCGGGCGAAAGAUCAACGCCCUGAGGCGAUUCGUGUUAGAUUCUGCUCUGAAGCCCAAUGACUUGGUUCUCUUUGCCGAUGCCUAUGAUGUGCUGAUACAGAGCACGGAGCAAGAGAUUCGAGAAUCCUUUGAACGACUGGAACGACGACUGAAUGUGAGCCUGAUCUUCAAUGGAGAUCGUGACUGUGCUCCCAGACUGCCAGAUGUUUGCACUGAUCCGCGACCUGUAGAUGUCUGGCUUCAUCCCAGAGUGUACUUGAAUUCUGGAGCAUUCAUUGGCAGGACCUUUGCCAUGAAAUCCAUUUUGCUUCAGGAUCCAGUGAGUGAUGUCAUGCCUGGAGGUGAUCAAGCCUUUUAUCAACGAAAGUUCAUGUCUCACCCGCAUGCGAUGUCUGUGGAUACUGAUUGCCAGCUUCUAUGCACGGUCGCCCGAAAUUUGGACGCCGAAGGCUUAAGACAGCUGUCAAACGGGACGGUGGUCUUCUCCUCUGCUGCGACUAGCGUCAGCAUCCCGAGCAUUCUGCACUUUCCGGGGGGGUGGGCACUGGCCCAUGUGGCAGCAAGGCUUGCCCAGCAGUGUGAUCCAGGAAGUCUUUCGAAAGAGGUUUCCCGAACAGUUCAAGGUCCUCUACGACCACAUAGAGGUCUCGGCUGA